AAGAUGAGAGAAACACCACGUCCGUAGAAACAACUCCUUUUUUUUUUUACUGUGCAGUGUUUUCGAGAGGAAACAAACAUUUUUACCUUUGCGAGAUUCAUAUUGGGCUUAUUUUAAUUGAGCAGAAUUAUUUCAAGCCAACAAUCGGAAAUUCUUCAGUCUAAUCUCCUCAAAUCAGCGAGAGACGGAGCUGGGCCUGCGGGAGGCUCAGCACAAACGUGUGUUGUUCCUGGUGCUUCCUCAACACCAGGAACAACACACGGGUAUCUGCCCGACGAACAAAUGAAAGCCGAAGAGGAAGAGCAGCGGACAUCAGCGCCUGAGUGACAGGAGUGAAAGAGUCAGCAGCUGGAGGCAGAGUUACGCGUGUCGUGUCGUCAGGUCUGCGUGUUUUGCGUGCGUGUCGUGGCUGAUGGAGAACCGUCUGGAGCACAGUUGAGCUGCAGCAGCACCGGCGUCACAGCCGCGCGGCAGGAAGUUCCGCGCAACUUUACACCAGUCCGUCUGCGUCACAGAGCAACGCUGAGGGAGCGAGGCAGAGGAGCAGGUCUGGAUGAGUUUGGCGACUCAAGAGCGAACAAACGAAGGUUGUAAAGCGACACCUGCUCACUCUGUGGUCAUUAGACAAACAGCCGCGUCUCCAUCGGCCGGGCGGCUGCUCCGGCGGGAGCUGUCCGUGGUACCGGCUGCUCGGCUCCAGAGCCUCACCCGUCCCCGAGGCCGGAACCGGCUCCCAGUCGGUCCACCGUCAAGCGUGCCCGCGUUACCUGUCCCCCCUGUAACAGUUAAUCCAGGGAGAUGAAUGAUGUGGAUUUAAUACCACGAGCGACAGCGAGGAUCCAUCUGCUGUUGAGCAGCUGGCCAAAGGAUAAAUGCCAUUAAUUACUUACACUUUUAAACAGUGAUCAGAAACACACGGAGAGCUCGCGUGUCAGGCGGCGGUGUGUGUCGAUCAGGUGGCGCUUUAUUAUUUAAUCACAGGUUCAAAUGGAGUGUUGGAGGAGUCCAUCCAUUGAAAGCUGGCGAUGCAUGUGUGCGGAACAGGGCCAUCCUUCAGCUCUCCCCCAAACCCUUUCAUCUCAGCGUGGUAGUCAAAUACGGGUACCACAGACACACUGCGAAACAUCGAUCCUCGGCCCUAAAUGGAGCACGCCGGUCGCGUCAGUAAAGAGACGAGAUGAAGAUUUGAGAUGGGCUGUGCCCAGCUGGCCGUGCAAAUCAGGUCAAAAGUCAAACCAAGGGUUUUCCAUGUAAAAAGGCGGAUCAAAGACCUGACUUUGAUUUUCAACAGAAUGGUAACAGUGGACCGACAGGACGGCUAAAUGUUCCCAAUUAAUACGACAUGGGAUUUUUCUUUCUUUUUUUUUUUUAAAUCUUGGCUGUGUGGUUUUUGGGUUUUUUUUUCCGCCCAAAUAUAUUUCAGAAUUUACCUUGAUUGUAAUGUACCUCAUUGGCUGUGGUUUUGUUUGUUGGCCUAACUAUAAAGGAUCUGCUUAUACCCUUGUGGGUUGGGAAGAAUGAGGAUUUAUGAAUUUAUUUCCUCUGUUGUAUUGUUUAAACAGCUUUGGUUGAGUUUUGAUCCCUUCCUCUCGCCUUUGAGGCUGUUCCACGGUGUCAGCUGUUGACUGAUAGUAAGAGAACUGCCUCACAGUGUGAAUGAAAGAAAACUAGCGGUUGGUAAACACUGAUAAGGGAUAAAUAGAAAGCGGUCAGGCAGAGAUAGUUCUGUGGGAGCCCAGAUUGUGUGCGGUCUGUUAAAAUGAGAUUCGGAGCCUGUCCUUUUUAUUCUCAGCCCCCCGCCCCCCUCCCCAGUGUGGCGUUUGUCUGGAAACUCUCCAGUGACCCGGCUCCAUGGUCCCAGGCCGCCGCGUUCCGCCUUUUUUUUUCCCCCGCUUUUUGUUUUGUUUUACUAACAGGGGUCAAGUUGGCCGACAGACACGUCCCUGAUGGCUGAGGACAGCUGUCGGCACUUUCACAACAGUUACCUUUUCAGCAGGUUUAAAGGAGACAGGUUGGAGAACUUUGAUCGUGUCUACAAACCCCUCAGCACCUUCACUCCAGCUGGACAGCGGGUCCAGGCCCGGGGUCAAAUCCCGGACCCAGGUGGAAUGUCCGUGUUCACACCCAUGUUUGGGAAAUUGCCGUCGCAGUGUUGUGAGGCUUUAAAAAAGCACUGCCGAGUCGGCGUUGGACCGGAUCAGUGGAUCCAGGCCCGGCUGCUCCUCAACUGGAGCGUUAAAGUCCCAACGAUGGCGUCACGAAAACGGGCUAACCGAGGUUUGGUCUUGAGACGAAGCUGCUGGUAGAAAUGACUUCUGAGCCUGGAACAUGACCUUCAUUGGCUAAGGAACAAACAAGGGUUCAUGUUAAAGUCGGCGGCUCCUUCCGCAUGAUUCCUUGAAAAAGGGAAAGAGGGCUUCAGAGGCCUCAGGAUCAGCGCGGCGGUGUUUACACAGGAGAGAGAACUCAGCCCAUUGUAUCCCCAGCAGCUCCUGAGAUUGGUUGUUAAGUGAAUGAGGAGAAGGGAGGAAAAAAAGCUAUCGGGUGAAUAUCAGUGACACACACACCCACCCACCCAGGCAGGCAGGCAGCAGAUCUGGAGCAGGCAGGCGAGCGAGCGAGCGAGGAGUACCCCGGACCGCCGCGCUCUGCUCCCCCUCCAUGUCGGGGAGACGCCACACAAAGGCUGGAGCCGCUGGGGGCCGCGCUACAUGCUCGCCUCCCGCCGCCUCUCAGGAGCCAACGUGUUGAUCGGGCGGGACGACGUGGGUCUGGCUACACGCUGAUCAGUCCACCAGCCAAGAUGGAUUCGGACGCUGAGGAACAAACCCUGAGGACCGGCAGCAGUCAGGCGGAGCUGACGGCCAGCGCAGCGGAAACAUACAGCCCAUAUGGGUGCGUGGCUGGUAAAAGAAGCGCUCAGGACGGGGUGCAGGGUGCCCCCAUCAACAAGAGGAAGUCCCUGCUGAUGAAGCCCCGCCACUACAGCCCCAGCGCGGCUUGUGAAGAGGAGAGCGAGGACCUGGCACCACCGCGGGACAAAGAGGAGCCGAGGAACACUGACACUCCAGCAGACGGGGACUUGGGUGGAAUGGACGGCAGCUGCGAGGCACUGCUGCAGAAGUGGUCACCAAGCUGCUCGCCCAGGUGCCACCAGCCUGAAGGCCCGGCGCCGGAGGACGAGAGCCUCCAGCCUGAGGCUGACCACCGCAGCCCGGACAGAAUGAGCGGCACGUCCUCGCCAGCGAGUCCGUACAGAGACACGAGGGACGCCGAGUGGGAGCCCGUGUCCUUCUCAGCCAAGGUGGACGGCAGCAGCUACUGCAGCCCCUCACCAGCCUCCGACGACCUCUCCAGGAACGCCGUCCCCGGCCUUUUACACGCCGGAGCUCUGAGCUACAAGCUUCAGCAUCCCGAAGAAGACAGCGAAGGAGAGCUGGAAGCGGAGCGGCCUCCCCGACUGGAAGGGUGGGCGCUGGGCCUCCACCAGAGGGCGCUGGAAAUGAGCGGAGGGAGGGUGAACAUGAGCCUGCUGGAGCAGGCCAUGGCUCUGCAGUCGGAGCAGAGGCAGGUGCUGCACCACGCCUACAGGGAGAUGGACCGCUUCCUCCUGGAGCAGAUGAGCCACGAGAGACGGAGCCAGCGCGUGAUGGACGUGGACAGCGGCAGACUGGCAGGCUACCACGCAGGAAAAGACUCUCCACGCGGCGACAAGAAAGACAUCAAGUGUCCCACUCCGGGCUGCGACGGCGUGGGUCACGUGACAGGCUUGUACCCGCACCACAGGAGUCUGUCGGGAUGUCCUCACAAAGUGCGCGUUCCUCCAGAAAUUCUGGCGCUGCACGAGAACGUCCUCAAGUGUCCCACGCCCGGCUGCACCGGCCGAGGCCACGUCAACAGCAACCGCAGCACGCACCGCAGUCUGUCGGGCUGCCCCAUCGCCGCUGCCGUCAAAGUCUCCAAGCCUCAGGACGAGAGCCUGAAGUGCCGACAGACGCCGGAGCGCGCGCCCAGAGCCCUGGGCCUGAUGAAGAAGUUCGAGCUGAACCAGCUGAGCUACCGACUGGCGCCCCCGGUGGCCGCGCUGCACCCCGGCCUCACCAAAGACAUGGACAAGUUCAGCAGGCUGCGCUUUGAUCACGCCAGCUUUGAUGCGCAGGUCUUCGGGAAGCAGCCUCUGAUGGGCGGCGGCUCGGAGCCGGAGUCGCCGCAGCCCUAUCCUGGCUUCGCCGCCCCCGGUGGCCGCCUGCCCGCCCCCGGUCACCGCAGCCCCUCCGCUCACUUCAAAAAGGACCACGCCGCCACCGCCGCCAUCCUCAACCUGUCCACUCGCUACCGGACCAGCACGGAGGCCACUGCCACCAAGGACAUGCUCAUAGAGGUGGACGAAAACGGCACUCUGGACCUGAGCAUGAAGAAACCCAAGGACGGCGUCCGAGUCCAGUCCGAGGAGCCGGCGGUGGCCAAGAGCGGGAGCGCCCUGGUCAGCCCCGCCUUCUACCAUCCGCCGUGCGAGAGGGACGGCUGGGAGGGCCCCGUCCCCUUCAGCAAGGCGCUGGCUCUGCAGUACAGCGAGGAGGAUUACGAGCAGGCCACUUUGGAGGAGCCCUAUCACGGAGACGGUGGCAUGAUGAGCGCCCGAGCCAGACUGCUUCUACGGGACUCCAAGAAAGAGCUUUUGAGCAGCUGUCCGACGCCAGGCUGCGACGGCAGCGGUCAUGUGACGGGGAACUACGCCUCGCACCGCAGUGUGUCUGGAUGUCCCCUGGCUGACAAAACACUCAAAUCGCUGAUGGCAGCCAACUCUCAGGAACUAAAGUGCCCAACACCUGGUUGUGAUGGAUCUGGACAUGUGACCGGGAAUUACGCUUCUCACAGAAGCCUGUCAGGAUGUCCCCGUGCCAGGAAAGGAGGACUGAAGCUCACACCAAACAAGGAUGAAAAAGACGAGCAGGAGCUUAAGUGCCCAGUGUUUGGCUGCGACGGACAGGGCCACAUAUCGGGGAAGUACACGUCCCACCGCAGAGCGGGCAGUUGUCCACUGGCUGCCAAGAGACAGAAGGAGUCGUCCGUCAACGGGCUGCCCUUCGCCUGGAAGGCCAACAAGCAGGAGCUGCCGCACUGUCCUCUGCCGGGCUGCAACGGCCUGGGACACGCCAACAACGUGUUCGCCACCCACCGCAGCUUGUCCGGUUGUCCGCUCAACGCGCAGAGUAUCAAGAAGAAGCACUCGGAAGAAGAAAUGAUGACCAUCAAGCUGAAGACCAGCAGCGGCAUCGAGGACAAAGAAGACAUGCAGCACCUGGACCACGAAAUCAAGGAGCUGAACGACUCCAACAUGAAAAUCGAGUCGGACAUGAUGCAGCUCCAAACCCAGCAGAUCUCCUCGAUGGAAUGUAACCUGAGGAGCAUCGAGGAGGAGAACAAGAUGAUGGAGCAGCACAACGACAGCCUUCUGAAGGAGCUGGCCCGUCUGAGCCAGGCCCUCAUCAACAGCCUCACCGACAUCCAGCUGCCUCAAAUGGGACCCAUCAGUGAGCAGAACUUUGAAGCCUACGUCAACACCUUAACUGACAUGUACAACAACUCGGAGCACGAAUACUCGCCGGAGUGCAAGGUCCUCCUGGACAACAUCAAACAGGCCAUCAAGGGCAUCCACCUGUAGGGGCCUCUCGGCGCCAGCCAACGGCUCCAGGUGGCUCCACUUGACUGAGGGGCGCAGGCCUGGCGCGUGUGGAGGACGGGGCUCUGGGGAAGGGUUUCCCAGCAAAUACACGGAGCAGAGCGAAAAUGAGGGGCCAGAUGUGUCAUGCUUGUACUGUUCCUGCACUCGUGUGUUCAUCCCGGUGAGAUUUCGACUCCUCUUGCACUUAAUCAUUUUGUAUGGUUUGCUUGAUUUGAAUCCGUAGAAAUAUAUAUAAAUAUAUAUAUAUAUGUUGAUGUCACUCUUGAAUUACUGCUAUUUAUUAUGAUUAUAUUUGUCGGUAUUUAUUUGACUUUUAUUUAUUUCAUGAGGUGUGAAACUGAAUCUCUGCACAUUGUAAAUGACACGGACGCACGGCCCACUCUCGUGGCUUCCUUCACCACCUCGUGUUGGAAAAGAAAGUGUUGAGGCUCCCGGGGGGAAAUACCAACCACCGGAAUGGGUUGGAUCAUUUAGUGCUUUUUAAUAGCUAUUGGAAACUGAAUGUAUGAGCGGACAAAGAAGGCUGCGGUGGCAAAGACGCAGCGGGACUGUAUUAGGCUUCUUCCCCCUAAAAACUCAAAAGAAAGCACGAGGUCCAUAAACGCAAGCAGAGAAGGAAGCGUCACUCUCAGCGUCGGCAGCAGAGUGCGACGAUUAACCACCACUUUAUCUUUUUCUUUCCGCUCAUGUUUCAAGAAAAUCGAGUUCUCCAACUGCCUUCCGUGCGCACUCUGGCGUGUGCACAUAGUAUGUGCCUAACUGUAUAUGGAUCCAUGAAACGAUACGAGCGCUGUGUUCUGUGGUAGGACAGUAUUACGUGGAUGGCGUCUCACUUAUGACACAGCGCAGUUGUUUUAUAGCACCGCAGGAGAGCUUUCCGAGCAGCACUGUCUGAGGCCUCGGUUUCAAACAAUCGGGCGGAUUCAGGCAGCAGGAGCUGCGGACUGGACUUGCUCCGCAGGUGUGGAGCCGAACCGUCCCUGACCAGCCGAUCCAUCCGCGGCUCGACUGACUGUCACGAACGAUGGCUCGGUGUAACCUGGAAACGUAUUCCAAAAAAACGAAGCACUUUCUCUCGUGACGCGUUUCACCAUGAACUUCAGCGGCUCACCUUCACGUCACUGCUGAGCUGACGUGGACACGUGCACGUGGAGGUGCCAUCCGCGGGCACACAUCUCAGUGAGAAUAUCAGAAACUCGCAGAAUGGUGGAAGGGUUUGGGAGUGCUGAGGAAAGCCAGUGUGGCAUGGGAGCGGAGGCGACACACUGUUUCAGAUGAGGACCACAGAGAGCCAGGCAUGGGCCCGGACAGGGACGGAAACUCGCAAAACAAAUGUAUCGAAAUGUUCUUUGGAGUGGGAUCACCGUUUCAAAAAUGGAUCCCGAUCUUUAAUGUAUUCAACACGAUAGUUAAUUCCAACACCACGCAUUAUUUGCUCAGGAAGUUUGUGUGACAAAUAUUUAUUUUUCCCUGUUAGUAUUUGAUGUUUUGUAAUGUGAAAUGCUUCUUUUGUGAAACAAUGCUAGUACCAAUUGGAAUUGUAGUGUAUUUCUUUCUCUGAUCAUUCGUUUGGUUUUCUUUUUUUUUCCGUUUGAGGUAGUUUGUAAAUUGAUGAUUCCUAUUACUUUUACUAUUUCAUAAUAAACAGAUAUGCGCUGUGUUGUACAGUUUGUGUA